CCUAACAGUCUGGUCUAUAAAAGAUAGGCUCGCAUAGGCUAGUGUAUUAGUGUAUUUUGUUAUCCUUUUUUCCGUGUGCCAGCUCCACUCUGCAAAAGGAUAACUUUGAUGCCAUCGUUUUUGUUUCGUGACGGCCCAAUGUUCGUCGUUUCGUCCGUAUGUUUCGGAAAAUUCAAGUAAAUGUUUUCAGUUGUUUCUAAAAAGGCGCCGGAAAUAGACGCGUUUUGUCGGUUAAAAGGACUAAGAAAUAUCUACAUUUGUAACGGUAAUUCAGAUGUAUCUUUUUUUUGGUUUGUUUUGAAUUGUGUAGAAGAUGGAUAUAGUAUGGUAACAUCAUGUAACGGAAUGCGAUUUCGGGCGAAAAAUUCGAGCCCUUCGGCGUAGUAUCUAGAAGGAUUCAGGAUAUAGAUGUGCAUAUAUUAUGCAUGUGCCGCAAAGUCAGUUAGACGUGAAUGUGUUGGUUGAAGUUUCUGUGAAUUGCUGAUGUCCUGUGUAUUAAUUAUUAAUGCAAAAGAUAAGAAAGAUUCAAGAUAUAUAUCUGCUGUGAUAGUUGGUGGAGGAUGGCAAAAAGUUAAGUGACUCCUGUUCGUGUCAAGUUUGAGAAGUUAAGUGAUUUGUUUGCUGAUUACGGUUGAAAUAUGUAUGGAUCGUCGUAGGUCGCGGAAAUUCGGCGAGUCAGAUUUGUGGAAAGCGUAUCUGCUCUGUUAGUCCCCAUCCAGUAUACAAUCUUGAAUGCAGGACCACAACGCCUCUAUAAACUCUGCAGUCAUCCAUGAGUUGGCCUUUUAGGCUGAUUCCUUUAGUCAACCAUUUAUAUCAAAGCCACUCACCCUUAACAACGUUCUAGGCAACUAUCAAGCGAUUAUUUGGACAUGAAAAAACCUACCCCCAACGAAGGAAGGAUUCGCGUUAUAAAAUGAACAAUAUGCCGGCGCUAACACGCCACUUUCGCUCCAUUCGUUUUCAUUGUUUUAAGCUUGAUUUUCGCUUUAUACUGUGACGCAUUUUCCAACGCUAUGAGAGAAUCGUUUCUCUUUCGCGGAUACAAACACUAAGCGAUACCGAAAAGCCGAUUCUGAGUGAAAAUUUUUAAUAUUGAAUAUAAUAAUGUACGGGGUCAUAUCGUGAUCGGAAUAAGCUCUUUUAGUGUAGCGUAAAAAAAAAAUCCUUUUGCUUCGAAAUCACGCCGCAGAGGUCCUGUGGAAAAUAGAGUAAGAGAAGAUAAACGAGAAACCAGCCAAAAUGAUGCCACUUAGCACUUUGAAACUGCUCCUGAUUGCGAUGAACAUGAUACUUCCGUAUCGGUUCACACAGAGACGAGUCCUGUUUAUGGUAUACUUGACAACGCUAGUGACACACGUUAUGAUGGAUGAGCCCAGGUUUGCACAGCCUAUUCCGAACGUAACAGUUGCAGUGGGACGUGACGCCAAUUUGCCUUGUGUCGUUGAACAUUUGGGAUCCUACAAGGUUGCGUGGAUUCACAUUGACAGACAAAUGAUCCUGACCAUACAUCGGCAUGUCAUCUCGAGGAUACCCCGAUAUAGCAUAACGUAUGACAAUUCAAAUACGUGGCUGUUGCACGUGAGCCAGGCCCAACAGGACGACAGGGGAUACUAUAUGUGUCAAGUGAAUACAAAUCCCAUGAUUAGUCAGGUUGGAUAUUUACAGGUGGUAGUGCCUCCGAAUAUACUGGACAUCGAGAGCACACCGUCGUCGGUAGCAGUACGUGAAAAUCAAAAUAUUAACAUGACAUGUCGAGCAGAUGGUUUUCCCACCCCAAAAAUAAUCUGGCGACGAGAGGACGGUGAACCUAUUUCGGAGAAACGACGGAAGGACAAGGAUAAGGAAAAAGUGUUGGUCUACGACGGUGAAGUCCUGCCUCUGACAAAAGUAAGCCGCAAUGAGAUGGGAGCAUAUCUAUGUAUAGCAACGAACGGUGUCCCGCCAUCUGUGUCUAAAAGGAUUAUCCUGGACGUCGAGUUUUCACCGAUGAUAUGGGUACCCAAUCAACUUGUCGGAGCACCAGCUGGAACGGAUGUCACAAUAGACUGCCACACGGAAGCCCACCCAAAAGCAAUCAUCUACUGGGUCUACAACUCCGUUAUGGUGCUUCCAAGUAAAAAAUACAAAACGGAAUAUGCAGAAAAUUCCUACAGAGCUCACAUGAAGUUAACGAUAAGAAACUUGCAGAGCGGCGAUUUCGGAAAUUAUAGAUGCAUAUCGAAAAACUCAUUAGGGGAGACUGAAGGAUCAAUCAGAGUGUAUGAGAUUCCACUACCAUCAUCCCCAUCAAAACAAAUAACGCAUGCAACAUCAGAUGUGAAAGAAAAUCUGAUAUCACGCAACGAUACACCUCGAGUGGUGCAACCGGAGGUAGUGUUCCCAAUGCGGUCUGAGAGUCACAACACAGGUUCCGCAUCAGUAGCAUCAUCAGCUUCCGCCUCAUCCUCGAGCGGAAGUGGACCAGGCGAUAGGAAAGGUGCUGUAGCUAUUGGCCAAAGUAUCUUUGAUACGGACUAUCCACCGAAAGAGUAUGGACACGCUGCAGGUGCUCCAGCGACGUGUAGGUGUUUGCUUAGCCGCAAGUAUUUCCAACUUUUACUAAUUUUCAUUUUAAUGAAAUUAUAAAAUUUAAUCGUGUGAUUAUCUCCUUUAAUUUAUAGUUAUGCAAAUGUAAGAUACACAUUUAAAAUAGAUUAUAUAUAUACAGAAUAGAUUUUAAGGAUGAGUCAGAAAUGACUGAAAAUCAAAUUAGAUUUUUGCUAAUGAAAAUAAAGGACAGAGAAAAGAUAAAAAGCUGGAAUAAAAGAUGGAUUUGAAUAAAUAAAUGGAAGGAUAUAAUGAGCCUUUUAAACAAAAUUUAAGCUCCACAAUUUACAAGAUUAAUUAUAAGCGUGAAAUUAAGGGAUUUGUAAAAACGGUGUUAUGAUAGCGACAGAAAAUCGUUUAGUGUAUUAGCUUUAAAUAUGCUUAUGAAUUGCAAGGACAUUCUCGCCAGUUGAUUUCCUUCAUUUUCGUUUGUAUUAUUUUGAGAUCUGUUUUCAUUUUUUUUUUGGUCACAGAUACAUUUAUUAGUUUAAAAACUUCAGAAACCAUUGCGAAUAUAACGACCGCCUUCUGCUUUCAUAAGAAAACCGUCAAAAUUCUUGAUCCAACCUUUCCACGAUAUUAUGUCACUACAAGGUCCGUCCUGUCGCUCUCUAUGGUUCUGAGUGUUGGCCGACUAUAAAAGACAAUGAACGGCAU